AUGACGGGACCUCCCGAUGCAAGAAAACGGGAUAAACAGUGUGAGUAUCAUAAAGGUCACGGUCACAACACCAAUAGUUGUUAUGCACUAAAGGAUCACCUGGAGGAGUUGGUGCAAGACGACCGUCUUACGCAACACGUCGGAAAGAACAAUCCAUCAAAUACAGUAGCUCUACGGUCGGACUCACCUUCUCUUGGUGUCAUUCAUAUGAUAUACAGCUUGCCGACGUCAUCCGAGGUGCAUAUACUUCAGUUGCAGUCUAGCCCUCAUAGCCCAAUCAUGCCAGUGAAACGGCCCCAUGAAACUGGAAGGAUCAAUUUCGAUGAUAGUGACAUAGUUGGAAUAACUCACCGCCACACUGAUCCCCUCAUCAUCGAGCUACACGUAAACAGAUGCACCAUUGAGUGUGUUCUCAUUAACCAGUGCAGCACUUCGGAAAUAAUGUAUUACAAAACUUUUGUCAAACUUGGCUUCACAGACUCGGAUCUGUCUCCGGCUAAUUACCCGUUUUUCGGCUUCAAUGCUAACCCGGAUUCUCAGAAAUCGGCACAGGCAUGCUAUCUUCUUAUUGCAAGGAGACCAAGGGAGCUGGAAGUGCAUUCAAUUGAGGUACCGGAUAGGGAGAGCCUCAAAGACAUUGGGAAGAUCCCAAGUGAAAGGCCACCGAAGCCCUAG